AUGUCACAAGAACAACAACCGUCAGAAUCACAACCAACCACCACAACCCAACCACCGCCAACCAUCAUCUGUAUCGGGAUGGCCGGGUCCGGUAAAACCACCUUCAUGCAAAGACUCAAUUCCCAUCUCCAUCAACAAGUCACCGACAACAAAACUACCAAACCACCAUAUGUAAUCAACCUCGACCCCGCGGUCUUAAAGAUCCCAUUCGGAGCCAACAUCGAUAUUCGUGACUCCGUGAAAUAUAAAAAAGUCAUGCAGGAAUACAAUCUCGGUCCUAAUGGUGCCAUUGUCACUUCCCUUAAUCUAUUCUCGACUAAGAUCGAUCAAGUCAUUUCAUUGGUUGAAAAACGUUCCCCCAAGAUCCUGAAUGUGAUCAUCGACACUCCGGGGCAGAUUGAAUGUUUUAUUUGGAGUGCUAGUGGUGCAAUCAUAACUGAGGCAUUUGCAUCCAGUUUCCCGACCGUGAUUGCAUAUAUUGUCGAUACUCCGAGAAAUGUAUCUCCGGUGACGUUUAUGUCGAAUAUGUUAUAUGCUUGUUCCAUCUUGUAUAAGACGAAAUUACCCAUGAUUGUGGUGUUUAAUAAGACCGAUGUCCAGGAUGAUGGAUUUAUUAAGGAUUGGAUGGCGGAUUUUGAGAGUUUUCAAGAGGCGUUGAGGAAGGAUGGCGAUGAAGAAGGGUCGGGAUAUAUGAAUUCAUUGGUGAAUUCGAUGUCAUUGAUGUUGGAAGAGUUUUAUUCGACGUUGGAUGUGGUUGGGGUGAGUUCGAUUACUGGGAAUGGGUUUGAUGAGUUUAUGAAGGCGGUGGAUAAUAAAGUGGAGGAAUAUAAUGAAUAUUAUAAGGCGGAAAGAGAAAGGAUCUUGUUACAGAAGCAGAAGGAUGAAGAAAAGAGACAAAAGAAGUCAUUGAGUAAUCUUAUGAAAGAUAUGAAGAUAGGCAAUGAUAGUGAAGUUUUGAGUGAUUAUGAUGAAGAUACUGAUAAUGAUGAUGUGCAUGGAGAAGUCUUGAGAGAUGAAGAUGAACCGGAAAGAGAAUAUACAUUCCCAGAAGAUAGAAAUUCAGAACUUGGACAUACUGAUGCUGAUUUACAAUCAAGGUAUCAAGCUGCUUUUGAAUCGACUGCAAAGACCGCGUCUUCCAAGACUGCAGAAAAUAUCGCUAAUUAUAUCAAGCGUCAAUAG